GGAGACAGUGACCACCAUGGAAGAGGAAGAGGACGAAGAAGUGGAAGAGGAAGAGGAAGAGGAAGAAGAAGAAGAAGAAGAAGAAGAAGAGGGGGUUAUACCCAUAGUAAAAUGGAUAAAACAUUACUCAAGCUACCACAGAAUCUUGUUGGUAGGAGAAGGAGACUUCUCCUUCUCUCUUUCUCUGGCUAGGGUUUUCAGUUCUGCAACAAACAUGGUUGCUACAUCCCUUGACACCCAAGAUGAUCUGGCCAGAAAGUAUAGCUAUGGAAUUGGGAAUGUGAGAGAGCUAGAAGAGAGGGGUUGUUUGGUCUUGCAUGGAAUCGAUGCAACCAAGAUGAGCCAACACUAUUUUCUCAGGACUCAGAGGUUCGAUCGCAUCGUUUUCAACUUCCCUCAUGUGGGUUUCCUCUAUCGUGAAGAUAGUUACUGCCAGAUCCAGUUGAACAAAAAUUUGGUGAAGGGGUUUCUGGAGAAUGCUCAGGUGCUAUUGAAGGAGAAAGGAGAAAUUCACGUGUCUCACAAAAUAGGAGAACCCUACAACAAAUGGGAUUUGGUCAAGAAAGCAGAGAAGAGGGGUCUCUUUCUACAGGAAGCCGUUCCCUUCUGCAAAGAAGACUACCCUGAUUAUGGGAAUAAGAGGGCGCAUGGUAACCUCCCUGAUCUCCCCUUCCGUCUAGGUGAGUGCACCACUUUCAAGUUCAUUCUCAACACACAAAUCCAAAAGAAACAGAGAAAAAACAACGCAAAUGCAGAGGGAGAGAGAGAGAGAGUGUGUGUGAUGCACUGUAACCUGGCAUGA